AUGCGCCCAGGCGAGAAAAUACAUGAUGACGACCGACGAUGGAUGGUGCGGUUUGGGACAGCGUAUGCAGGAUGUGGUGGCGUGAACGAGCAGUCCUCUUGUGCCCCAUCGCACACCACCCCCUCGCGCGCCAACUCCAUCCAUCGCCGCCACCAACAGCUGUACGCGCCUUGCCAUUACGCCUACCGCGCUCGUGUGCGUGCCGCUUUACCCGCGCUGCUCUACGUGCCUCCAAGCGCGCUGCUCUACGUGCCUCCAAGCGCGCUGCUCUACGUGCCUCCAAGCGCGCUGCGUCGAAUGAGGGCCUUCGCUGUUGCGCGCCGAGCGCCGUCCCGCACGGCACUCUUCACCGUCGGGCGGCACCUGCCGGGAGUUUCCGCCAACUGCCCUGCCGCCGCCACACCAUGGGACCGCCGCGUGCCCCCCGCGCUCUCGGCGGAUCGGAUUCUUCGCUGUGACGCGCAGUGUAGCGGCGCGGGGACGGGGAUGUGGGAGGAGCGGAGUGGGAGCAGGGCGGGCGGAGGAGGGAGCGGCGACGGCGGCAUGCGGAGGGAGUGCAAGGGGGGCGCGCGCGGCAGCGCGUGGCGAGAGGCGGUCGCACGGUGGACGCCGGCCGGCGCUGACGCGACGCAGAUUUCGCUUCAAGGCACACAGGUGGAGAGUGAGGGGACGACGAUGUGGCGGGCGGUGAGUGGCGGCGGUUGGCGGAGUGACGCAGAGGCAAGGCGGGGAGGUGCAGCGGAGGGGCCGUGCGCGCUAGCGGGCGUGGGCGGGCGAAGGUAUGGCGUGUCAGCAGCUGGUGGCGGUGACGCCAUGGGGCCAGCGGGGGUGGCGAGGGAUGGCGGCAGGAGGCGCGCAGGAGGGGCGCGGGGAGACGCGGCGCACGCGGACGAGCGCGGGGCGGAGGGGGAGGCGGAGUGGGGAGAGGCGUACUGGCGGAAACAGCUAGAACGGUCAGCGGCGGCAGAGAGGGGCGGCGGGAAGGGUGAGCGGAGGAGAAGGCGCAAGGCGAAGGAGGGGGAGGGGGAGGCGGUGGAGUGGUGGCCGGGGCAGCGGCAGCAGCAGCAGCAGCAGCGCGGGGCAGGGAGAGUGGAAGAGGGCGGUGGGGCGGACGAGGAGUUGGUGGCGGCGGUGGGCAUGGAGGUGGCGCAUGAGAAGGCCAUGUACCUCCCCCCCUCCGUGCGCCCUGCCCCUCCCGCCCCUCCUGCUGUGCGCCGCUGCUGCCACAUCACAUUGCUGCUGCCUGUUUUGGCCUCCCCCGUACCCUCGCUGCCAUGUCAACCCGUACCACCUAUGCCCUCCAAGUCCAGUGCUCAUCAUGCUAUCCAGUGCUCAUCAUGCUACCCAGUGCUCAUCAUGCUACCCAGUGCUCAUCAUGCUACCCAGUGCUCAUCAUGCUACCCAGUGCUCAUCAUGCUACCCAGCUACCCACCCAUCCUGGCAGGGCCGCCCCCGCCGUGGCGGGUGGAGGAGCGCGAGGGCGUGGCGGACCUGUGGCUGACACGCGCCUUCCACGGCGAGCAGCUGCGCCUCAUGCUGUUGCUGCAGGGGCACGAGGGGGGACUCGUGGACCAGGGGGAGGAGGGGAGGGAGGGGGAUGGGGAGUGGGAUGACGGCGGGGCUGGUGAGGCACAUGGCAGUGGCAGUGGCGUUGGGGGCGGUGAGAGCGAUGCGGGCAUCCCGGCGCUCAUCCUCGUGUCCAAGCCGGUGCGCUCCGUCCAGGCGGGCAGCAUGGCAGCAAGGAGCAUGGCGAUGGGCAUGGCGGGCAUGGGUGGCAGGGAGGGCCCGGUGAGGGGCAGGCCUGUGAGGCGCAUGACGGGCGAGGGGCGAGCGGACGCUGCAGCAGCAGCAGCAGCAGGCACGGCGACAGGGGGUGGUGAGGGGGAGGCGCGGCUGCGAGUGCACUGCACCAUUGCAGGCGACCAGUGGCUCGUGAACCAUGUGGCGGUGGACGAGGCAGCAGUGCACGAGGACUCGUUCAGAGUGCCCUUCGACUACACCCUCUAUGACGCCGUGCCGCCCGCCGUGCGGGCGGAGGUGGAGGCGUAUCUGCAGCGGCGGGGCGUGGGGGGUGAGCUGGCGCGGUACGGGCGCCACCUGCUGCUGCACCGCGAGGUCACCCAGGCCACCGCCUGGCUCUCCUCCCUCCACUCCUUCCUCUCCACGCCCGCUGCGACCAGCAGGAGAGGCGGCCAUGUGAAGAGAGGAGGGUGGAGGGGGAAAGCAGGUGGUGUGAGAGGGGGUGCGCGCAGUGGAAGGGUGUCCAAUGCCGCCCGGUGGAGCUGA